UUGUGAGAACAAGAACAACAAACAGUCGGUCAUUCCUGCAAUCCUUUUACUUUUUGAAUUUUAAUAUAUUUUUCCUAUAUUUCUGUGCCCAUGCUCGGCUUUUAGUUCAGUCCGAACGCUUUGCACUGAUCCACACAUCUCUCUCUCUCUCUCUCUCUCUCUCUCUCUCUCUCUCACGUCGUGCCCUUGAAGCCAAAGUACUAUGCAACUCAAAACACCGCUGUCUGCUUAGUGCUUAGUUUUCUGGUGUGGCCGGCCGUUGUGAUCUUUUCUUCCUUUUGUCAUAGAAGGGAUCAAAGCUUUAACAUUACACGGCUGAGGCCUCGUAAUUAAAGAUAAAAAAAUGAUGCCAGGAAGUGGACAAUUGAGUGUUCCUCCAGGCUUCCGAUUCCACCCAACAGAUGAGGAGCUUCUCUACUAUUAUCUAAGGAAGAAGGUCUCAUACGAAGCCAUCGACCUUGAUGUUAUCAGGGAAGUGGAUCUCAACAAACUCGAGCCUUGGGACCUCAAAGAGAAGUGUAGAAUUGGAUCAGGGCCACAGAACGAGUGGUAUUUUUUCAGCCACAAGGACAAGAAAUAUCCAACUGGAACUCGAACAAAUCGGGCAACCACAGCUGGGUUCUGGAAGGCAACGGGGAGGGACAAAGCCAUCCAUCUCAGCAAUGCCAAAAGCAUUGGCAUGAGGAAAACCCUUGUGUUCUACACAGGUCGUGCUCCCCACGGCCAAAAGACUGACUGGAUCAUGCAUGAAUACCGUCUUGAUGAUGACAAUUCCCAGGUUCAGGAAGAUGGCUGGGUUGUCUGCAGAGUUUUCAAGAAGAAGAAUCACUGUCGAGUUUUCCAGCCAGAAAGUGCUCAAGAAGCUGAACAUUUCACUCAAAUGAAGGCAAGUGGUUCUGCCCCAGUACUACUAGAGCCAAAACAAACCCAUCUUCAACCGCUAUAUGACUAUAAAUUUGAUGGACCAAUGCAUCUUCCACAGUUGUUCAGCCCAGAGUCAGCUUUUGCUCAGCCUUCCUUUAUAUCUCCUGCCACUCUGAACACUAUGGACAUCCAGUGUUCUCAAAACUUGUUAAGGCUAACAGCUGGCGGUUGUGCCGGCCUUAUCCAGCAGGAGAGGUUUAAUGGCGACUGGUCAUUCUUGGACAAACUCCUUGCUUCUCAUCAUCAGAGCAUGGAUCAUCAUCAGCACCCUCAAAGCAAAUGCAACCCUUCAUCUCAUCAAGUUCCUGAUCAUGUGGGUAGUUCCUCAAGUACUAGUCAGAAAUUCCCAUUUCAAUACCUUGGUGGUGAGACUGACAUCUUGAAGUUUUCCAAGUAAAACCCUCGUGAGUUUUCUGUUCUAAGCUCAUGUAUGGCAGACAUCUUUAUGAUCUUUGAUGAUCAUUAGCAUAAUCCAGUUGGAUAUUUGGUUGAGAUUCUAUGCCUUCUAGUUUAAAACUUUAUGUACUUCUCAUGAUCAUGGAAAAGUAUGCAAGUUUAAACUG